GCGCCGCCGGCGCGGCUCCAGCGGUGGAGGACCGAUGGGCAUAUUCGGGGGCGGGCUGCUCUACGAGUGGCCCGUGGAUAUCGAGGCCGCGCCCACCUUCCUGGCGCGGCUUCGGGCCGCGGAGAAGCCCGACGCUGCUGGCGAGGACGCGGAGCGGGCAGCGUUGAGGUGGGAGCUGGAGCAGGCCGCCCAGGUCGUGUCCGCCGUGGAGGAGAGGAGAGCAAUACCGGCAGCGACGAGAGGCUGCGUUUCAAGACGCAGUUCCGCAAGUCGCAGCUGUGCCGUUACUACAAGACCGGGUGCAUGCGCGGCGACCAGUGCGACUUCGCGCACGGGACGGAGGAACUCAGCCUCGCACCGGACCUCACGAAGACGUCCAUGUGCAAGGCCUGGCAGAGGGGGCGCUGCAGCCUGGACUCGGGCGCCUGCCCAUACGCGCACGGCGCCAGCGAGCUGCGGUGCACCACCGGGUACCUGAAGUCAGCGCCUUGUUCAAUGUUCUUCCAGGGCCGCUGCAAGCUGGGAAACUCGUGCCGACACGCGCACAGCUUGGCGGAAAUACGCUCGGCACAGGCUUUCCUGACGUCGAAGAAGUCGCGGGCGGUCGCGCCGGCCGCCCUGGCGCCUCGGCCCGCUGCCGUAGCCGCCGCCAUGGUGGAGGCCCGCGCCCCCGGGCAGCUGUCGGGCGCCGUCCUGGGCUUCCCGCCGCCGCGUGGCGCCCUGGAUGGACGUCUACCAGUAGUUCACCGCUUUGCUGGGAGAAGCAUGCUUCGCCAUCGCCUCCGACGCGUCAGCGUGAGGAGGCAGGUGACGUAUGGUAAAUUUGGGGAGCCGAGACACGUGCCCGCACUACGUUCUCUAGCUUCGAGCCGCCUCCUCGAAUCCGCGCGGACCUCCGACAUCUUAUGUUGA